UCUUCUGUCUCGCAAAGCGACACGACUUGUGCUCUAGCCUCUUACCCAUCGACGAUACUUAUCCUUCUUACCUACGAUACUCAUGCCUCUACCGCCCACCGCUCCGUCUAUCGAUGUCCAGAAUCCAUUGUAUUGCCCCGCCGUACCCGCUGCUUCCUUCCUCAACGCGCUACGAACUCAGCUAAAUCUUCCGAUGCGACCGCUCCGGAAUUCUUGCAGAAAAGGACGCCGUGUUGGCUCUAGGUUUGAUCCCAAGGUCGUCGUUUCCUCGUUUACUCGUUUGCUUGGCAAGGCGCUCCUGCAGGACAGUUCUCCUCAGAACAUGGUGCUCAGAACCAUCAAGCCGCGUAGUCGAAACUACAACGUGGACUCGGGCUUCGUCCAACUUCCUUGGGACAUCUCUGGCUCCUCCUCAUCGAAGGAUACCCCUCCAAGACCUGCCCUGAAGCGAAAACUAUCUGAUGACUUCCCGGAAAUUCUCCACGGACCUGCCAAACACGUUAAAUCUUUCGUUGCUUUUUCUGCUAGUGAAGACUCGAAUCGUGAAGACGAUGAACGGGUGGAAUUUGUACCGCUGGAUUUGUGCCGAACCUGGGAUAGCGACACGUCUCCGGUCAAGAUUCAGGAACCGGUAGAGAAGGCAGCAGCAGUUUCGGUUGAGGACCAGUUAGUGGAUCGUGUACGGAUGCUUGAAGACCUUCUUUACGGUCCUCCGAUUGGUCCAGAAUCGCCUCGCGGACUGAGUAUUCUCAUUGAUCGACUGGACACCCUACUUCCUGGCAUCCGACUGAAAGAACGACUUGGCGCAUUGCAAAACAAGUCGCAUCAAGGCAUCACUGAUUACUUGGGUGAACAUGGCCUGCUAAACAGCCGUAUCAUUUCUAUCCUGCGAACGUCCGAAAUUCGUAACCUAUGGUUGGGCAACUCCCUAGCCGAUGAAGACGGCUUGAAUAUUGAUGGACGCGAUGUUUUCUCAGUUUUCAGCAAGCCGAACAGCUUCCUAUUUCUAUCGUUCCUUUCCCUUGUUGGUACUCUGGUCCAUGAUUUUGACCUUGUGCAUAUUCAACGUCUGCCUCGACUUGCCGCGCUGCACCUCAGUAAUACUGGUAUCGGGAAUGAAGCAGUAUACAUCAUCAUCUCACUCAAGCGAACUCUUACUCAUCUUUCUGUUGCUACCAAUCCGGACAUUGACAACGAUGCGAUACCCGCACUCCUGCUCCUCUCUAGAUUGUCUUUCCUGUCCAUCCAGGACACUAGUAUUGAUAUGGCCGGUCUUCGUCGUCUGGCGCAUGUCAUCAACCACGAAGGACGAAUCAUUGACGUAGAGAUACCUGAAACUUGCGAGCACUACAUUGAUAACCUCCAUGAGAAAUACCUUAUCGACAUCCAGCCUCCACUAAUUCACCGUGCUUCUCUCUGUUCGCAACUCUCCGGUGCGGCGCUGAAGCGUAACCUUGUGGCACAUGCGACCUGUAAUCCAACCAUCCUUGCUGCGGGUACUAAAGCGGAGAUGAAGGAGCGCCUAGAAGGUAUCUUGAAGGUGAGGGAGAUGGACAUACUUGUGAAUGCAAUGAUAUCGGCGUGAACUUUUUUAUUAUCAAGCUUUCGACCAAUUGUUUUUUUUGUAUGUUUUGACCCGGCUUUGUUUUUUCGUCGCUGUUGUGAUUAUGAACGUACUAUACUAUGG